AUGGACCGAUUAGCAGAGCCACUGGCUCCCAAGCUUAGGAAACGAGUUCUAAAGGCUUGCGAUUACUGUCGCAAACGUAAAAUCAAGUGCGGGAUGAUAAAUCCUGUGACUGGCAUGUGCGAUAACUGCGUGAAGUUCAAUGUGCCUUGCACGUUCAAACACCAUCAAGAACUGGAACGACACCGUUUGGCCAGCGGAAUUGAGACUGGUGGUGCUAGCAGUACUCGGAAAUUCCGCAAAACUGGCGAAAACUCGCUUGCGAAAGUAGAUAUGUACCCUUUUUCAGAGCCACAGUCCGGCUGGUCUGUCACGACGCCAAAUUCGCCGGCACAGGCCCUAGAAGGCAAAUUGGAAGCGCUAGAGACGCAGAUUCGAGGACUUGUGAAUCUCCUCUCGCAACAGCACGCCCAGGUGCAUGCCUCUACCGCUCACACACAGCCAGAACAGCAAAAAGACCGAACUUUUCCGGGCUUGGUCGAUGUGUCACCGCGCCCAAAACAGAAGCGUUACACGUCUUCGCUCAUCACCAAACGCAGGAUCGCAUGGCUUCGCAAACGGGCUCAAUUUUGCCACGGUCGUCACAUUGGCUCCAACGCAACUUCUGACACCGACUUGCCAGCAGUGACAUCCUUUUCGCCACUCAUGGACGUAUUCGUGAUGUCGUCGAAAUGGUAUAUCGCUGAAGUAAAGAAACUCAUAGAUUUCUCGAACCCAUUUGUUCCAAUGAAUGGGCCACAAUUGUACCCUCUCCCAUCACAGCCCGAAAUGCAAAAAAUGAUGGAAGUGUGCCAGUCGCGCUUAUUUGAGGGUGCUUUUAGCAUUGUUGGUCACCAAGAUCUGGCUGAUGUGGUAAAUCGGUAUUACGCAGACGAAAAGCUCUCUUACUCUGAGCUGCUACUUGUCGACAUUUGGGUGUGCGUUUGCACAGCAUACAAUGUGAACGGCACAAACGAUUGCCAUCUCAAAGACAGCAGUCCAGAUAUGCACACUCGCGAAAGCCACAUGCUACUCAACUGCAUGUACCAGUACCAUAAAGUUUCGCUGAUAAGUGAAGGUCUCCGAUCCGUGCAAGCCCUCCUCCUGCUGUAUCAAUACGUACACUCCAAAGUAAGUGCCAAUGUCGCUUACAGCAUAUUCUGCGUGGCUCAAAGGUUCGCUCAGGAAGUGGGACUGCACAAACGUAAGACAUACGAAGGUUUAAGUCUCGAAGAAUCGUCUCGGAGACUCAAGAUGUGGUACAUGUGCAUUGCAAUUGAUGCGCAACUGUCUCUGGCGUUUUGCAGAGCUCCUCUAAUUAACUUUGACGAGACAGAAAUAUUCACGGAGUCUUUCUUUGCUGAUUUUAUCGCGAAGCAUCAACUUUCAAGUCGCAAGACGACUCGCCAAAUCGAUUCUUCAUACGAGGGCAGCUUGAAGCACUCAAUGUCGCUUCUGCUAAGUUUUCCCGAUACUUUACUCCUGGGUGGUUGUUAUUACGGAAUGGAGCUAAACCGCAUCUCUGCCAAAAUAUACACAGAUCUUUUGAGGGCAGAUUCCAUGUCAAACGCAACUUUCGACGAGGUUCUACGAAAAGCCCUUUCGAUACUGAGUGAAUUGAAAGAAUGGGAAGAGUCAUUACCGGAGGAGCUAUCAUUGGAACACCAUCAAGACCAUAUUGGAAAUCUCAAAAAUUUCCACUUUGAAGGUGAUGUUUCCGACUAUCAUUUGGACAUACUUUCAACCAGUGUCCUAUCCUUUCACUUUGAGCGUUUGCAUCUGAUGAUAGUAGUGUGUCAAAUGAUGUCAUCCUUCAUUUUUGAUAAUGAAGACAUACACUCGCGCUCAAGCUAUAAUGUGGAAUUGAUCAAUCAGAAUGCGCUGAGGGAUCUUCGCAGUUCUGGCAUGCAAAUUAUAACAAUAUGGCCUCAAAUUAAAUUCUUUCCGCAUAUGUUGCAUAGAAUGUUUUACAUUUUCUGUGUUGGCUCAUACGGCUUACUUUUGACGUCUAUUGGAUUUGCUCAUGAUGAAGAGACCGCCACAUACAUCACAGCACUCUUGAACGUCUACGAAUAUUUAUGCAACGAGGGGGAUUCAAAGCUUUUGAAAGACAGUAUAAAGUGGAACGUAACGAUGUUCAUUUACACCUUCAUAUUGACGUUGGCGAUCCAUUGCUUCAAUUGCUCUUGCGCCGAAGCGGGCAAGUAUAAGUUUGAAGCCAGCUCUAUUAGCGACAGGUUCGGAUUUUGGAUGGCUCGAUGCGAGUUGAACAAGGUUACCUCCGUAAACCAACUGCGUGAACAUUUGAAUAUUUUUGCUUCUUGUGUGGACUUACCUGCGGACGGUCCAGAGAAUGAUGCUGCGACCCUCGAUAAAAUGGGUGCAGACGGUGAGUUGCCUAGAGUCUUGCACGUUUUCAGUGAGGUUGACGUGAAUGAUUUCAACUGCCUCUUAUCGUCACUUCCUAUUCAAAUAGUGUCCAGGGACAAUCUUGCGCCUGCUAACGGGCCACAAAGCGUUGAAAAUAAGUUUGGACAUGUAAACUCCACUCACGGCACGCCAAAUAUGGCAACAGGCUUGAUGAAUAAUUUUGACGGGGGCUUCGGGAUGAAUCUCAGCCCUUCGGAUGGGAAUCAAAUGCCAGCACCAACGUCAUGGAAUGACCAAAUUGAAUUCGAGACUGCUUUGGACCACAUGCUGUUCGAAAGAGAUUUUGUUUUCCCAGCUAUGAUGUGA